UCCCCAAACGUUAAACCUUCGACCGGCGGACUAGUAGUCAGGUGGGUGACCACUGGCGAAUCCCCGCUGUUGUAUGUUUUUGUUUUUGCAAGUCCUUUGAUAUUUACUCGAUCUGUGUCACAGACUUUGGCAGGAUCUUGGUAUCAGGACAUAUGUAGCAAUUAG